AUGUCAUACGAAUCCUUGAAUAUCUAUGGACUCGAACCUCACAAUGUCCCAUCCUCGCUCGAUAUGUCGGCUGAGCUCUCGGCGGUAUCUUCUCAAGUCGAGACAGUCCCACCUAAACUCUACAACGUUAAAGUUGUCCAGUUUUGGCGAGGCGAGAAAGAGCCCCUGCGGCCCUAUCCCCUCCACUGGGCAAUCUACGUCGAAACCAGUCCUGGCAUAGGGAACACCUAUCAGCUCGUAGGAAACCAAACGGACUACACCAUCGAUAUCAAACUCAACCAACCUCUCGAAAACUCGGAGGACUCGCGCGGAAGUUAUUCUGUUGGAAGUGUGAGCCAAGCAGAGCUUACCGAAUUGGAGACGAUCCUCCCAAGAGUUGACAUCAUACACAAUGUUCCCUGGUGGAACAGCCAAGAUUGGGUGGACGACGCUCUCAGGUAUCUCAAGUCCUGGGGGUUUUCUGACAUCAUCGGAGAAAUGGAGUUGGCGUGUCUACAAGAAAAUAUGUGUUGGAUCCUGGAGUGUCGUCCUGGGAUUGAGAACGCGGUUGAAUUUGUCGGUGACUCGGAAGAUCUGGCAUGCAUCCUAUCCAACCGACGUUAUGCAGAAGCACAUCGACGCUACUGGAAGGUGCACACGGAUUGGCGUGAAGUAGCUCAAGAGUUGGAGCGGUUGGCUUCGACUUGA